CUGACUCCCUAAAGGAUUAGAAGACCUGUAGUUUUAUUUCACAGAUGGAAAAAACGGUUUGGCACUGUUAUUGUCAUAAGUAAACACAAAUAAAAGUUAAAUACAAAAUAGUAUUCUGGUUCUCAUGGAUGUGUUUAUAAAUUCAAGAAUACUAUGCUUAAAAAGAAGAAGAUACGGUGAAAUAAUUUAGAUAAAAGUUAAAAGAACACUUCAGAAUUUGUCAGGAAAAAGUGAUUGACUGACAGCAAACACUUGUCCGUCCGCGUGACGUUUUGCGACAGCAGCGACCGUAGAAUGCGCAUGCGUUGAAUGUAGUGAAAAGUAACAUGAUUGGAAACUUGCUCUUCCACGUUCUCUAUCCGUUUUCGCGCUACAUCAACUCUAGACUCGCAGAAACAUCAGGGAAUGCCGUCACUCCUGCUGUGGUUAAGGCCACAACAGACUGGGAUGGUGCUUCUCUUACCGUCAGCCUCUUGCCGUCUCAGACAACCUUGGUGCACCAUAGUGGAGAAACGAAAAAAAGGGUAGAAAAGGAAAAGAAGCACGCCCCGAAAACUGACAUGGAAUCGCAUGAAGGACCAAGGCAGGAUGCAGACUCAGAAAUCACUGAGGUGUCUGUUUUGCAGAGGGAUGCAGGAAAUCCCAAUGAAGACAGCGAUAAGAAGCAAGACUCAGAGGAUGGAUGCUCCUCCACAGUUGACUGUGCUGGUUUAGAAGCAGAACAGUUGAAGAGUCUGCAAACACAAAGCCAUGUGCAAGAAGAGAAGCUUACAGCUGUGGAACAAAUUCAGAUACAAACCUCUCAAAGUCCAGCUGGGAGCAGCGAGCACAGUUGUUCAGCUGAGGGUCAACUCCACACGCCAAGCAAGAAGAAUCUCCAGACUUUGGCGGAAACCGUGUCUGAAAUAUCCGAGUGUUGGGAUGAAUAUACUCUUCUGUCUGGAGAGGAAACGUAUAAUACUGCAAGCGCUCCUCAGUUAACCCUGUCGUCCCUGCCAUCCGGCACUCAAGCUCAUCUUCAGUGUGUUGAAGAACACGAAGAGCAGACCUGUUGGCACUUCCCUCAUGGACCAGGUCUAACACAGGAGAUCCAGUGCAAACCAUGGGAAUUUCCUGCUCUGAGCUAUUACCUGCCAAUGGAGCCGGCGGAACAGCUUGAAGUAAUAUGGAGGGUCUGGAAGGAGUUGAGCGACUGCAAUGCUGCAGUGGAGCGGAUACCCUUCCAAUUCAGUGAUGGAUCAAUGGACUUCACUGUCAUGUCCUACAACAUCCUAGCUCAGGAUUUACUAGAACUUAACCAGUAUUUAUAUAAACACUGCCCUCUGGAGGUGUUGGAUUGGAACUACCGCUACAACUUACUAGUAGAGGAAAUAAAAAAAUGGACACCAGAUAUAUUGUGUCUCCAAGAGGUUCAGGAGAACCACUAUCGUGAACAGCUGCAUCCUGCUCUUGUUGAAAUGGGUUACUCCUGUAUCUACAAGUGUCGCACAGGGACCAAAACAGAUGGCUGUGCUGUUUGUUAUCGCAGCAAACGCUUCGCUGAGGUUAGCUUCACUAAACUGGAGUUCUUCAGGUCGGAGACGGGGCUGUUGAACCGGCACAACGUGGGCAUCGUUUUACUGCUUCGGCCGCUGGUGGCUCAGGGUGCGGCGCUCAAAGAGAGCGGACCGCCGCUGUGUUUGGCCAACACCCACCUACUCUUCAACCCACGCAGGGGGGACGUCAAACUGGCCCAGUUAGCAAUAAUGCUGGCAGAAAUCGAUGCUGUGGUGAAGUCCUGCAAGGUCAAAGGUGAACACUGCAAUGUUGUGCUGUGCGGAGACUUUAACUCCCUUCCAAACACUCCUCUGUACCAACUCAUUGUCACUGGUGAGCUCUAUUAUCAGGGACUGCCAGCAUGGAUGGUAUCAGGCCAGGAGGACCUGUCAUACAAGCCCAGUUGUCACAGACUGUCUGCCCCACUGCUGCCUGGCUCCCUGGGUAUCACUGACAGCUGCCAGUACACCUCCGUCAACAGUCUGAAAGCAGGAAAAUGUCGCUACAGCCACGACUUCAUGCUGCAGCUGCGCUUCUGUCCCGCUGCGUGUUCCCGUCCUCCAGACUUGGUUCUGAUUCCAGGAGUGACUGACCUUGCCCCAGAUGCGUCAAAGCCAAAUCACUAUCCCCAAAGGUUUCGGGACAUUCUGCAGCAUCGACUCAACCUGGAAUCUGUCUACAAGCAUGUUUGUCCAGACGUGGACAGACCUGAGGUCACGACCUUGCACUCUGAAGUAGGAGCCACUGUUGACUAUAUCUUCUACACCCCAAAACGCACAUGUCCUUCUCAUCAAAAACGUGAAAAGUUUCCCGGUGAAGGCCUGAAGCUUACCGGAUAUCUCUCUCUCCUGCCGGAGGACAUGUUGUGGUCCAUGAACGGUCUUCCCAACCAGAUCUUCCCCUCUGACCACCUCAGUCUAUUGGCCCGCUUCCAGCUGGAUCUUAACAUUUCUUAAAGAAAAGGGCGACAAACACGCCAGCCUGAAAUGCUGGCAGACUGCCUCAAGUUUUAGUUUAUUUGAUAGGGAUUUAAAAGAAGACAUUUCUCUGCUUUGUGUUUGAUUAGGCAACAAGACUGAAAAAUAAAGAACUUUUUGAUUUAAACAUUGAUACAAGGCACAGGCAGCGGUUUAUAAACCAGUACUUACAUGUGUGGUAGACGCCAGCAAAGUGGAGGUGGAUUUGUACGACACGCUAUGGUUUUGCACACUCGGCACAUAAAUACAGACUAGCUGCAUACAGGCCCGAAUGCACAGAUUUGUGUAAGAAUAUGUUUCCACUCAAUGGUGCUUUAUCCCACACUAAUAAAAAAACAAUUCUGUACAUUUCCUAUACUAAAAUCAGUGUCAGCACCAGUUACUGUACACAUUUAAAGGCUACAUGAAAAAACUUGUACAAACAAAGAUGUUUUAGGAAGAAAAGUUGCUGGUGACCCAUCCAACACACGGGUCAAAGUGUGGGGCUAGUUUGAGAAGCAAUUUACAGUUCAGACUCGAAUCUGGUAUCCGUUGAUGUCUGUUGAUGACUUUUGUUCCAGAACCUUCUUCUCUCCAGAGGGACUGCAAUAAAAACAGAAAAAAAACAA